GGCACGGCCACUGGCGAGAACCUGCCGACCUUGAUCACCAGACAGCGUAGACGUCGACGCUCCUGCCAGUCCGUCGUUACGUUUGCACUGAGUCCUACUCCGGACGAUCAGCCUCCGCGGCCUGCUUCCGCAGUAGCUCCUCUCUGUUCCACCAAAAAUACCGAGCAUGGAUGUGAUGUGGAGGAUUUUACUUUCACUCCCCGGGGCGGUGUGACCGUAGCUUCAGGCACGCCUUCUCGACGGUCUGCUCUCGGUGAAGCCUCUGGCGGCAGUUGCGAGCCUCAACCCGCUGCCGUCGGUAGCGGUCUGCCAGCGACCGAGCUUCGAACAGUUUCGGACUCAAAGAGCGUCAACAGCCUGCAGAAGGAACUGAAGAACACCCUUGCUGCUUAUCGCUCCAAGAGGCAACAAAUUACGCACCUGCAUGAAACCCUCUUCUCCACUCGCUGCGAGCUUCGAAAGGCGGUUUCAGCUCGAGACAAGGCCGAAUCAGCACGCUCAGAACUGCAGGUGAGGCUUUCAUCUGCUUGCGGUUUUGUAUUGCUUUGA